CGCCUACGCCAGAACGUGCCACAGCCCCGUCUCCAGAACACCCCAGCCGUUCUCCAGACCCUCCCGACCCGUGCUACAACUGCCAUCCCGACAGACCACUCGUUAACGUCCGUCCUGGCCAGUAACAGCAGGUGACAUCACCCAGAUCGGAGUAGCAGCCACGUCAGAACAUCCACGCCAUGUCCAGUGCCACCAACAACGAAUCGGUGUUGAACGACAUCAAGGCCAAGAUCGAGAGAGAGCACAAGCUCAUCCAGGGGUUCCAGGCCUUGAAGAAGAACACCACCAACAGCGAGGUGAUCCAGAGAUGCAACACCCAGAUCAGGGAGACCCAGAGCAACAUAGACUACCUCACGGAAACAUUGGCCAAGGUGACGUUGCAGAAACAGAACGCCAGCGCCGAAGGUUCUCCCAGCAAAAACAGUGCCGUCACCAGUGCUCCCAGGCCCGUGUACUCUCGUUUCGACUUGAUCAAGUAUGACUGCCCAUCCUUGGGGCACAAGAUCCAGCACAUGUUGCAGCAGUUGCAGUUUAAGUUGCAGGUCGAGAACCAGUACCGUGAAGCCAACGAAAAGAUCUCCCAUCUCUACUUGAUGGACGGAGACAAGUCCUCCAGUAACGCUGCCGAAGGAGGGCGUUUGGAGUCGGAUCAAAGGAUCCAGUUGUUGAAUAAAGCGUUGAGAAAGUACCAAAACAUGCACAUCAAUGCCGAGGAUGUCACCAAGGACUUCGAGAUCAUCAACACUCCCAAGCAUGCCAGAAAACCCCUCAGUGGUAAGUUGAUAGUGAACAUCACCUGUAUUAGAGAUGUGGACCAUAUCGCCUCUCCUAUGUUCUCCAAAAGACCCGAAUCGGUCGUCGUCAUCAAAAUCGACGAUGUUGAAAAGGUCAGAACGCGUGGUUCAAGAACUGGCAAAUGGAAUGAAGAAUUCACCAUUGAUGUUGAUAAAGGAAAUGAAAUAGAGUUCUCGGUGUUUGACAAAUCAGGAAGUAGUUUGGUUCCCGUGGCCGUUAAUUGGGCAUUGUUAUCUGACCUUACUGAAGAGCUUCGUAAGAAGAAGGUUGCCAAUGAACUUGGUUCAAGUGGUUGGUUAUCAGCAGGAAACUUGUCACAGGCUGAUGCUGGCAAGGAGUUUGGUGGAAACCAUUCACCAAGUCAACCAUUUCAAAACUUGAGCUCAGAAGCUUCUCCUUCAAAGUCUUCAGCCAGUACUGAGUCUUCCAGCAACCAAAAGAUCCAGGUCAACACUUGGUUGAGUUUGGAACCCGUCGGUCAAAUCUUGGUGAAUCUUAGCUUUGAAAAAACUGCAAGACCAGGAAAACAAUUCAUGGGUGCCCUUGGUCGUCAUGGUGCCAUUCGUCAAAGAAAGGAAGAAGUUUUCGAACAACACGGUCACCAGUUUGUUCAAAAGCAAUUUUACAACAUUAUGUGUUGUGCUCUUUGUGGAGAGUUUUUGCGUUACACCGGUUUCCAAUGUCAAGAUUGUCGAUUCCUUUGUCACAAGAAGUGUUAUCAAAAGGUUGUUACAAAGUGUAUCUCCAAGUCCAGCACAGAUGUAGAUGAUGAGGCCAAGUUGAAUCACCGUAUUCCUCAUAGAUUUGAACCAGUUAACAACCAUGGUACAAAAUGGUGUUGCCAUUGUGGUUACAUUUUGCCGUGGGGUAAGAAGAACGUACGUAAAUGUACAGAGUGUGGAAUCAUGUGUCAUGCUACUCAAUGUGCUCAUCUCGUACCAGAUUUUUGUGGUAUGUCCAUGGAAAUGGCUAAUAAGAUUUUGUUGACCAUUAAAUCUACCAAGGCACCCCUCGAACAAGUUCCUACACCACCUUCGAUCACAAUAACUUCAUCCUCUGAUGCUACUUCUGAAACUAAAAAACCUGAUUCUGAUGACGAGCAGGAGAAAGAUUUUGAGGUUAAGUUGCCUACCCACACAACUAAUGCUUUCCAACAGCCAAUCGAAAGUCCCUAUAGUAGACGUGGACCUCAACAUGAGGACACGCAUGAAAAACAAGAUCAGUAUAGACAUGCACUCAAGCAACAGCAACAGCAGCAACAACAACAGCAGCAGCAGCAACAGCAACAGCAACAGCAACAGCAGCAGCAACAACAACAGCAGGAACAACAACAGUACCAGCAAUAUCAACAGCAGCAACAACAACAUAACGCCCAGAAUGCAACUGAUACCUUCAACAACUUUGAUUAUCAAAAUGCUCAUACCCAGCAAUACAUUGCCCCAGACAACUAUGCUGAGCAGCCAUCAAAGCCAGUCGUGAGCAGACCUGCCGAAGUUGAGCCAGUAUCAGUGAGUAAGGCGGCAUCACCACAAAAAUCAAAGCGCCGCAGAAGAAAAGUGGGUCUUGAUGACUUCCAGUUCUUGGCAGUUUUAGGUAAAGGUAACUUCGGGAAAGUUAUGUUGGCAGAAUCGAGACACACUCAAAGUCUCUGUGCUAUCAAAGUGUUGAAGAAGGAUUUCAUUGUGGAAAAUGAUGAAGCAGAAAGUGUGAAGUCCGAAAAGAGAGUCUUCUUGACAGCCAACAAGGAAAAGCACCCCUUCUUAUUGAACUUGCACUGUUGUUUCCAAACUGAAAAUCGUAUCUACUUUGUUAUGGAGUAUAUUUCAGGAGGUGACUUGAUGUGGCAUAUUCAGAAAUCUCGUUUCUCUGCAAAGAGAGCCAAAUUUUACGCAUGUGAAGUCUUAUUGGGAUUGAAAUAUUUCCACGAUAAUGGUAUUGUUUAUCGUGAUUUGAAAUUGGACAACAUUUUGUUAACAACGAAAGGUCACAUCAAGAUUGGUGAUUAUGGUUUGUGUAAGGAAAACAUGUGGUUCAAGAAGACCACCGGUACCUUCUGUGGUACUCCAGAGUUCAUGGCUCCAGAAAUCAUUGCUGGUAAGCAGUACGACAGAAGCGUUGAUUGGUGGGCAUUUGGUGUGUUACUUUUCCAAAUGCUUUUAUGUCAAUCUCCCUUUAAGGGUGAAGAUGAAGAUGAAAUCUUUAAUGCUAUUGAACACGAUGAUGUUAAGUAUCCAAUCAGCAUGCCACGUCAAACCGUUUUGGUUUUACAGGCAUUGUUGACAAAGGACCCUAAUGUCCGUUUAGGUUCCAGUGAAAGAGACGCACUCGAAAUCAUGGAACAUCCAUACUUCCACGAUGUUAACUUUGACGAUGUGUUGAACUGCCGUAUUCAAGCGCCAUACUUGCCUGAAAUCAGCUCUGAGCACGACUACUCCAAUUUCGACCAAGAAUUCACUUCUGAAACUCCAAGGUUGACCCCCGUGGAAACUGUUCUUACUUCUGAGAUGCAAGAGCAAUUCCGUGGUUUCUCCCACAUUUCUGAAAACGCCACUAUUUAA